CAAACAAAACCCCGCCUAAACCCCAAUUCCGGAUUAAACAUCUAUGCUCCAAACUCUGCAUCUCCUCUCCUCUCCUGUCCCAAUCUCUUCCCCUCCAUAAAACCCUAGAAAUGCUUUCAAAACCCUAAUUCCAAAAAUCGCAUUCUAAAUUCCUCGGGAUGAACGCCACUGACAUCCUUCUCUCAUACAACACUCCCCAUCACCGCUCUCCAAUCCCCAAUCUCCCCUCAAUUCCCCUUCACAAACCCUCAAAACGCUUCAAUUUCAAUCCAAACCUCCGAAAAGGAUCUCGCCGUUCUCGAUCUCUUGGCACCUUUCCACGUAACUCCGCUUCCGAUCCGGUCCCGAAAUCUGACUCCCGCGACGAUUUCGUAUCUAGGGUUCUGAGGGAAAACCCUAGCCAGGUCGAGCCACGCUAUCUCGUCGGGAGCCGGUUCUACACUCUCAGAGAGAAGGAGAAUCUCAACAAGGCUGCUGACAGUGGAAUCUUUCAGCUUGCAAAGAAAUUGUCUGAUAUAUGGGGAAUUAAGAGGAAGGGAGAUGUGGUCGGGGGUCAGACAGGGGAACCGUCUGAUCCGGUGUAUUUGAAGGAUAUCCUUAGAGAGUUUAAGGGGAAGCUUUAUGUUCCGGAGGAGGUUUUCAGGGUGCGUUUAUCAGAAGAGGAAGAAUUUGAUCGUAAUUUGCAGGAAUUGCCGAAGAUGAGUUUCGAGGAUUUCCAGAAAGCCUGGAAGAGUGAUAAGAUCAAGCUGUUGACUUCAAAAUCGGUGGCUGGGGUUGAUUCCGAUUAUGGUUACCGCAAUUUUGUCGUGGAUUUGAAAGAAAUUCCAGGCGACAAGCAGUUGCAGAGAACCAAGUGGGCGAUGAACUUAACUGAGAAUCAAUCACAAACCCUCUUGGAGGAAUACAGGGGCCCACAGUAUGAAAUUGAGAAGCAUACCACGUCUUAUGUGGGAAAAUUGCCCGAAUACCCUCACCCUGUUGCUUCUUCCAUAUCUAGCAGAGUGAUGGUUGAGCUUGGGAUGGUAACAGCUGUGAUAGCUGCUGCUGCUGUAGUGAUUGGGGGGUUCUUGGCAACUGCAGUAUUUGCUGUCACCAGCUUUCUUUUUGCUGGUGCUGUAUAUGUUGUCUGGCCCCUGGUGAAACCACUUCUCAAGCUCGCGCUUGGUGUUGUGUUCAGCAUUGCGGAGAGGAUUUGGGAUAAUGUUGUCGAUUUCUUUGGUGAUGGAGGGGCAAUCUCAAAACUGUACGAGUUUUACACUUUUGGCGGUGGGUCUGCCAGUCUUGAGAUGAUGAAACCAAUUAUGCUGGUUGGGUUGACCAUGGUCCUCCUUGUUCGCUUUACUCUCUCGAGAAGGCCAAAGAACUUCAGGAAAUGGGAUAUUUGGCAAGGCAUUGAAUUUGGACAGUCAAAACCGCAGGCUCGAGUUGAUGGUUCAACAGGAGUCAGUUUUAGUGAUGUUGCUGGGAUUGAGGAAGCAGUAGAAGAACUGCAGGAGUUGGUGAGGUACUUGAAGAAUCCGGAGUUAUUUGAUAAAAUGGGGAUAAAACCUCCUCAUGGGGUCCUUCUGGAGGGGCCUCCAGGAUGUGGAAAGACUUUGGUGGCAAAGGCGAUAGCCGGUGAAGCUGGUGUUCCAUUUUACCAAAUGGCUGGGUCGGAAUUUGUUGAAGUCCUAGUAGGUGUUGGUUCUGCCCGUAUCCGCGAUCUCUUCAAGAGAGCUAAGGUAAACAAGCCAUCUGUUAUUUUUAUUGAUGAAAUUGAUGCGCUAGCAACCAGGCGCCAAGGGAUUUUCAGUGAAUCUACCAACUACCUUUAUAAUGCAGCUACACAGGAGAGGGAGACUACAUUGAACCAGCUCCUGAUAGAGCUCGAUGGCUUCGAUACUGGCAAAGGUGUUAUAUUCUUAGGUGCUACCAAUCGUAUGGACUUGUUAGAUCCUGCACUUCUUCGACCGGGUCGUUUUGACCGCAAGAUAAGAAUCCGUCCUCCCGGACCAAAAGGACGACUGGACAUUUUGAAAGUUCAUGCCCGCAAAGUGAAAAUGUCACCCACAGUUGAUCUGUCCACCUAUGCGCAAAACUUACCUGGAUGGUCGGGAGCAAAGUUGGCACAGCUGCUGCAAGAAGCUGCCCUGGUGGCAGUUAGAAAUGGGCACGAUUCAAUUCUUCAGUCUGAUGUGGAUGAUGCUGUUGAUCGGCUCACUGUUGGCCCGAAACGUGUGGGAAUCGAAUUGGGUCAUCAAGGGCAAUGCCGAAGAGCUGCUACUGAAGUAGGAACAGCAAUGACAUCCCAUCUGCUAAGGCGCUAUGAGAACGCGGAAGUUGAAUUCUGUGAACGCAUUUCAAUCAACCCCCGUGGCCAGACAUUCUCUCAAAUUGUGUUUCACCGUCUUGAUGAUGAGUCAUACAUGUUUGAGCGGCGGCCCCAAUUGUUGCAUCGGCUUCAGGUGUUGUUAGGAGGGCGGGCAGCUGAAGAGGUUAUUUAUGGAAGAGACACAUCAAGAGCAUCAGUGAAUUACCUGGCUGAUGCAUCUUGGCUUGCUCGUAAAAUUUUAACCAUAUGGAACUUGGAGAAUCCAAUGACCAUACAUGGAGAGCCGCCCCCUUGGAGAAAAAAUGUCAGCUUUGUGGGUCCUCGGCUGGACUUUGAAGGGUCACUUUAUGAUGACUAUGACCUUAUCGAGCCCCCUAUUAACUUCAAUUUGGAUGAUCUGGUUGCUCAAAGAACUGAGGAGCUGAUAAGUGACAUGUAUGGAAGAACAGUUUCUUUGCUGAGGCGGCAUCAUGCUGCUCUGGUAAAAACUGCGAGGGUUCUUUUAGAUAGGAAGGAGAUCAGUGGCAAUCAAAUUAAGUUUAUUCUUGACAGUUACCCUGCCGAAACUCCUGUGAAUCUUGUUCUGCAGGAAGAAAAUCCUGGCAGCCUGUCAUUCCUUGAAGCAGUGGAACAAAGGCACAAUUUGGCAUUCUCUUUCAAUGCUUCAAAAGAAGAAAUUCCACAAUGAAACAACUGGCAGCAACUGUGAGCUGAUCCUCAUCUUCGAUGCAAAAUGCACGAGACGGCAGUAAUUUUCUUGGGAGUUUCAUGGGCUUGCAUUACUCAUGAGUACUUUAGCUUGCUUUUCUAGUGCUGAUGGAUUCAAUAGGGAGGGUGCUUUUGAUCCAAGCUGUAUUGAAAAGAAAAGGAAGAAAUUGUCAAGGUACUUUAUCAUGCUGAUGGAUUCAAAGGGAGGGUGGUUUUGUUCCUUGUAUCGAAAAGAAAAGGACGAAAUUGUUGGAGUAAUGUGGAUUUUUAAACGUUCUUCCUAGAAAGUUGAUUGUAUCAGAAGCUGCUGAGUGCUGUUAAUUCCUGAUUGGUAGAUUUUUUUUUUUUCCUGAGAUCACAAUUAUCUAAGUAAUGAGUUUUAUGCUAAUUUGGUGUUGGAGAUGCGAUUAUCCAUCCAUCCAUCAAAUGAGGCUUUGCUUUAUUUUUUUUAAAUUGUCCGACUGGAAUUGGAAUUUGAGCAAGGUUUAAUAAUUUUGUUUUGCUUUUCUA